AUGGGUACAAGAAGGCAUAGUGCUGAUGAGAUUGAUGACAGGGGUGAUAUUUGUGACAAAGAAUUUUCCUUGCUUUUCUCCUCAGACUUUUAUUGUUUCUCUUUCUCUAUCAAGGUGAAUAAAAAGAGAAAAUUUUCCAGUCUUUCAGACAUAAGAAACACAGUUUUCUUUGAAGUCACCAUUGGGAUCAUAGCCAACACUGCCCUGCUUCUGUUCCACAUCCUCACAUUUCUUCUCAAGCACAGGCCCAAGCCCCUGGACCUGGGUAUCAGUCAGCUGGCCUUAAUCCACCUGGUGUUGCUGGUAACCAUGGGAUUCAUAGCUGCAGACACUUUUGGUUUCCAGGGUUGGGGAAGUGAUCUCAUAUGUAAAUCAGUUAUCUAUGUGUACAGGUUGAUGAGGGCCCUCUCCAUCUGUACCACCUGCCUGCUGAGUGUCCUCCAGGCCAUCACCCUCAGCCCCAGGAACUCUUGUUUGGCAAAGUUCAAACAUAAAUCCUCACAUCACUACCCAUGUUGCCUUGUCUUUUUAUGGGUCUUCAAUAUGCUCCUGAACGGUCGCUUCUUAGUCUCCAUUGGUGCCACCCCCAAUGUGACUUCACACAGUCUCGUGUUCGUCACUGAGUCCUGCUCUCAGUGGCCCAUUAGUUACUUGUUCAGGUACGUAUUUUUCACAUUGGUGAACCUUCAGGAUAUCUCCUUUAUAGGGCUGAUGGCUCUCUCAAGCGGAUACAUGGUGACUCUGUUGUGCAGGCAUAAGAGGCAGUUCCAGCAUCUUCACAGCACCAGCCUUUCUCCAAAGGCAUCCCCUGAAGAAAGGGCCACCUGGACCAUUCUGCUGCUCAUGGGUUUCUUUAUACUCAUGUACAUUUUGGACUGUGCCACCUUCUUCUCCUCUGGAAUAUCAUGGGACAAUGUCCCGAUUCGUCAUUGUAUCCAGAUGCUUGUGGGCAAUGGCUAUGCCACAAUCUGUCCUUUGGUGCUAAUAAGCACUGAACAGCGAAUGAUCAAGUGGUUCACAUCCAGGUGGGAAAGACAGUAAAUGUUCAGUGAUGGUAAUUUCCCUUCAGAUUAGCAAAUAGUUUGAAUUUCUGUUGGAUCACUGAAGUAUACCUAGUUAUGCUUCUUCUGUGAAACAUUACUUUGUUGCAUUAGGUGACAAGUACAUAAUAGACAAUUUAAUAGUAUAACUCUUUGAAGAAAGAGAGGCUUCUGUUCUAAUCAUAGUCAUAAAAACUGGAGCUCUUAUCCAGUGUCAAACUCUGAAGGACAGGAUGUACUUCAUUGAUUUUAUGGGAAUAGACCAAGGCCAAGAAGAAGUGAGAAGAAAGCAUCACACAGCAAAUGCAGAAAGAGAAUUUAGA